UAAAUAAACUUUAAAAAACCACUUACAUAAAAAAAAUAAAUAAAAACGUUAAAAAAUAGUAGUGGUUAAGUGGCAGCAAAAGAGGAAGUGGCAUGUGUAUUUGGUGCUUCAGGUCCACGUGUUGAUAAAGGAUGAUGUUUCCGUCUUCUCUUGAAACGUGGCUUCCUCUUGCAAGACAGUUAAUAAGAAAGGCUUGGCUUCUGGUUAGAAUGAGUAGAGACCUUGUAAAUGCCAGAGUGUGUCUUGGGCAGCGGCUUGGUGAGAAGCGGCCAGCUCAGCCAGGGGGAUUUCAGUGAAGAUGGUUUAAUGAAGAGACAUGUAUAUAGGAACCCUUGCCACAUCCUGUUUGAGAGUGUUCUCAAAUUGUUGCUUCUGAGAUUUCAGUGCUAUGGGAAGCAGGUGUGUGUCCCUGCUCUCAGGUCUCACUGUCCUGCUGGCUUUGUCAGGAUCACCUGUCAGGAAUUCUGGAGUACCCAGUGUGCCUGUAAGGAUGGAUUUCAGUCCACGUCUGGGAAGAAGUACACUGAGCCUCAUGAGACGUGCGAAGAUAUUGAUGAGUGCAAGACUGGGCUGGCAAAGUGCAGCGAGAUAGCCUACUGCAGAAAUGAAAUUGGAAGUUACUACUGCAGCUGUAUCCCAAAUUCUUCAUUCAACAUUUUUGCUGGCGUCUUUAAGUUUAAUUAUAAAGAGUGUUAUGAGGCCACUGGUGAGGAGAUCCCAUCCUCAGAGAACAUUCUGGAAAUUCUGAUGGACAAUGGAAGCAAAAGUCACACUGCAAAAGUGGCAACCCAAGUACUUCAAGCAGUGGAACUGGAGAUGUGGACUACGACUUUAGCUUCUCCAGGAAAGCAUGAGAAUUCUACCCUUGGUAUCGUUUAUGAAACCAAGAGGUGCAAUGACACCAGUGAGAAGACUCUUCUGGAGGCUGGGAAUAACACUAUGGACAUCGACUGUAGUGAUGCUUUCAAAGGAGUCCAAGGAGAUAGAAGUACAGUUACACUUAUCACUUAUAAAUCUCUUGGGAAUAUUCUGAAUGGAUCCUUUUUUAAUGAUGGAAGAGGAACACAGGAAGUAACACUGAACUCUCAUAUCACAAGUGGCACCAUUGGUUUGAAGGAAAAAGUAUCUCUCUCUGAGCCUGUGUUCCUGACCUUCCAAAAUUUACAGCCUGGUGGUGCCAGAGCAGAAUAUUUCUGUGUCUACUGGGACGGAUCAGAAGAGGGGGGCGCCUGGUCGACAGAGGGCUGCUCUCACGUGGGCAGCAAUGACUCACACACCCAAUGCAAGUGCUUCCACCUUUCCAGCUUUGCUGUUCUCAUGGCUCUUGUUCCCAAGGUGGAUCCUGUGCUGACUAUGAUCACCUAUGUGGGGCUGAGCCUCUCUCUGCUAUGCCUCCUCCUGGCAGCCCUCACCUUCCUCCUGUGCCGACCCAUCCAGAACACCAGCACCUUUCUUCACCUGCAGCUUUCCAUUUGCCUCUUCCUGGCCCACCUGCUCUUCCUUACAGGGAUUGAUCAAACUGAGCCUGAGGUGCUGUGCUCCGUCAUCGCUGGGAUGCUGCACUACCUCUACCUGGCCUCCUUCACCUGGAUGCUCCUGGAAGGGCUGCAUCUCUUCCUCACCGUUAGGAAUCUCAAGGUGGCCAAUUACACCAGUGCAGGCAAAUUCAAGAAGAGGUUCCUGUACCCUUUAGGCUAUGGAGUUCCUGCUCUGAUUGUGGCUGUGUCUGCAAUAGUAGGACCCCAAAAUUAUGGAACAUACGAUCGCUGCUGGCUCAAGCAUGAUAAGGAAUUCAUCUGGAGUUUCAUGGGACCAGUGGCAGUCAUUAUCUUGAUAAACUUGGUGUUCUACUUUCAAAUUCUGUGGAUUUUGAGAAGUAAACUUUCCUCCCUCAAUAAAGAAGUUUCUACCAUUCAGGAUACCAGGUAA